AUGAACAACUCCUCUUGUCCUUCAGUCAAUUUUGACUUUACAGGCAGAUUUCUGCCUCCUGUUUACAUCCUAGUAUUCAUCAUUGGUCUGGUAGCUAAUGGAUGGGGAUUGAAGUCUUUGCUGCACAACUGGAAGAAACUAAAGAUCAUCAAUGUUUUUGCUCUCAACCUCGGACUUGCAGAUAUUUUGUAUCUGCUCACACUCCCAUUUCUGAUGGUGUACUACUUUAAGAAGAGUAAAUGGAUCUUUGGAGCUACAUUCUGCAAGAUAACAAGAUUCUGCUUCAACCUGAAUUUAUAUGGCAGCAUCGGGUUUCUUACUUGUAUAAGUGUGUACAGGUACCUGGCCAUUGUCCAUCCAAUAAGAGUGAUGGGAAGAUUAUCUCUGAGUCAUUCUGUGGCUAUCUCAGUCAUGGUUUGGCUGUUGGUGAGCAUUCAAAGUCUUCCAGACAUGUUCUACCCCAAAACAUAUGGAAACAGCACUGGGAAAUGUUACGAUACCACCAAUAACAACAAUGCUAAGGAUUACCUGAAAUACAGCUUUGGAUGGACACUCACUGGGUUUUGCAUCCCACUCCUCAUCACACUGGGCUGCUAUGGACAUGUGAUGGUCAUUCUCUGCCACACAAAUACCACUGACAAGGUACUGAAACAGAGAAGUUUGAAAUUGUUGUUCAUCUUGAUUCUUCUCUUCUCUGUUUGUUACAUUCCCUAUCAUGUAUUCAAGAACCUGAACCUCUUAGCAAGAGUUCUGUCCAAACAGGGAAUAUGCCAUGAAUGGUUUAAUAGAGUCUACAUUGCUCAUGAGAUAAGUCGUGGCCUUGUGUGUCUGAACAGUGCUCUCAACCCUCUGGUUUACCUCCAUGGAAUUGAAGAUAUUCCUGCUCAGCUCAGCCAGCUGCUCCAGCAAACUCGUCAGAUGUAUAACCGUCGGUUUCUGUCAAACCCCAGCUCUGUGUCUACGGCACAAACCACAACUGAAGUUUAA